AUCCUGUUGCUUAGCAACAGUAACCAAACAUUCUCUGCUUCAAAGGAAUCAAGGGAACUGCUGUGUUUUGAUGACACAUUGAUGACAUCAUUUCUGAAAUUCCAGAAAGCUUGAGUACCCCUACACAGGAUAUCUCUAUCAAAGCACAAUUUACUACGAGAGAGUAACGAUCACAACACACUUUAUUCUACAGAGGAUAUCUAACCAAAAGCUCAAUUUACCAUUAGAGAAUAACCAAUAAAAAUGCCUAAUAACAAGCCAGUACCACCUAAUGGAGCGAAGCCGCACACUGCGCCCAUUAAAUCUGGGAAACAUUUACCAGCUAAGCAUGACUUGGUUCCAAAUAAGAAAAAGACUCAGCGCACAGCAAAUCUGACACCUUCACCUAACUUGGGCAAAGUCACCAAGAACAGUGAGGCGCUAGACACCAUUAUCUUCAAUACCUUUCAGAAGGCUUCUGCAGAUAUCCAUGAGCUAAAGAUGCAUAUAGGCUCAACAGAAAAAUAUGCUUCAUUUGAGAAUGCUGAUGAUACUGUUGAAAAAGAAAUUCAGGAACACAUGAAGAUGUUUUUUGAAACACGCCGACUGACUGCUAAGGCUGUAGGAGAUGGUAUAAGCAUUGCAGACCUUGUUGAGAUGAUUAUGCCUGGCAUUACGGAUGCCCAUCGGCAUAAUACGGAAUGCCAAAGCUUCGCAGAUGUUGCUAUCGUUGAAGAAGACGUGCCACUGCCAUUGCUGACAGAGAGCCCUCCAAAUAUCUUUGAGGAAGAUAAAGAGGUUGCCCCUCCUGAAUCCAGUGUGAUUCAGCAUGAGGUUGAGCAGACUGUUGCUACCAUGGAGGAAGACGUGCCACUGCCCGUGGUGACAGAGAGCCCUGCAAAUGUCUUGGAGGAAGAUAAAGAGGUUGCCCCUCCUGAAUCCAGUGUGAUACAGCAUGAUGUUGUGCAGGCUAUCAUGGAGGAAGAUGUGCCACUGCCAGUGUUGACAGAAAGCGUGCCAAAUAUCUUUGAGGAAGAUACAGAGGACUCCCCUCCUGAGUCCAUUGUGAUUCAGCACGAGGUUGAGCAGACUGUUGCUACCAUGGAGGAAGACGUGCCACUGCCCGUGGUGACAGAGAGCCCUGCAAAUGUCUUGGACGAAGAGACAGAGGUUGCCCCUCCUGAAUCCAGUGUGAUUCAGCAUGAGGUUGUGCAGGCUAUCAUGGUGAAAGAUGUGACACUGCCAGUGUUGACAGAAAGCGUGCCAAAUAUCUUUGAGGAAGAUACAGAGGACUCCCAUCCUGAGUCCUUUGUGAUUCAGCACGAGGUUGAGCAGACUGUUGCUACCAUGGAGGAAGAUGUGCCACUGCCCGUGGUGACAGAGAGCCCUGCAAAUGUCUUGGAGGAAGAGACAGAGGUUUACCCUCCUGAAUCCAGUGUGAUUCAGCUUGAGGUUGUGCAGGCUAUCAUGGAGAAAGAUGUGUCACUGCCAGUGUUGACAGAAAGCGUGCCAAAUAUCUUUGAGGAAGAUACAGAGGACUCCCCUGCUGAGUCCUAUGUGAUUCAGCACGAGGUUGAGGACUCCCCUGCUGAGUCCUAUGUGAUUCAGCACGAGGUUGAGCAGACUGUUGCUACCAUGGAGGAAGACGUACCACUGCCCGUGGUGACAGAGAGCCCUGCAAAUGUCUUGGAGGAAGAGACAGAGGUUGCCCCUCCUGAAUCCAGUGUGAUUCAGCAUGAGGUUGUGCAGGCUAUCAUGGAGGAAGAUGUGCCACUGCCAGUGUUGACAGAAAGCGUGCCAAAUAUCUUUGAGGAAGAUACAGAGGACUCCCCUCCUGAGUCCAUUGUGAUUCAGCACGAGGUUGAGCAGACUGUUGCUACCAUGGAGGAAGACGUACCACUGCCCGUGGUGACAGAGAGCCCUGCAAAUGUCUUGGAGGAAGAGACAGAGGUUGCCCCUCCUGAAUCCAGUGUGAUUCAGCAUGAGGUUGUGCAGGCUAUCAUGGAGGAAGAUGUGCCACUGCCAGUGUUGACAGAAAGCAUGACAAAUAUCUUUGAGGAAGAUACAGAGGACUCCCCUGCUGAGUCCUAUGUGAUUCAGCACGAGGUUGAGCAGACUGUUGCUACCAUGGAGGAAGACGUACCACUGCCCGUGGUGACAGAGAGCCCUGCAAAUGUCUUGGAGGAAGAGACAGAGGUUGCCCCUCCUGAAUCCAGUGUGAUUCAGCAUGAGGUUGUGCAGGCUAUCAUGGAGGAAGAUGUGCCACUGCCAGUGUUGACAGAAAGCAUGACAAAUAUCUUUGAGGAAGAUACAGAGGACUCCCCUGCUGAGUCCUAUGUGAUUCAGCACGAGGUUGAGCAGACUGUUGCUACCAUGGAGGAAGACGUGCCACUGCCCGUGGUGACAGAGAGCCCUGCAAAUGUCUUGGAGGAAGAGACAGAGGUUGCCCCUCCUGAAUCCAGUGUGAUUCAGCAUGAGGUUGUGCAGGCUAUCAUGGAGAAAGAUGUGCCACUGCCAGUGUUGACAGAAAGCGUGCCAAAUAUCUUUGAGGAAGAUACAGAGGACUCCCAUCCUGAGUCCAUUGUGAUUCAGCACGAGGUUGAGCAGACUGUUGCUACCAUGGAGGAAGACGUGCCACUGCCCGUGGUGACAGAGAGCCCUGCAAAUGUCUUGGAGGAAGAGACAGAGGUUUCCCCUCCUGAAUCCAGUGUGAUUCAGCAUGAGGUUGUGCAGGCUAUCAUGGAGGAAGAUGUGCCACUGCCUGUGUUGACAGAAAGCGUGCCAAAUAUCUUUGAGGAAGAUACAGAGGACUCCCCUGCUGAGUCCUAUGUGAUUCAGCACGAGGUUGAGCAGACUGUUGCUACCAUGGAGGAAGACGUGCCACUGCCCGUGGUGACAGAGAGCCCUGCAAAUGUCUUGGAGGAAGAGACAGAGGUUGCCCCUCCUGAAUCCAGUGUGAUACAGCAUGAGGUGGUGCAGGCUAUCAUGGAGGAAGAUGUGCCACUGCCAGUGUUGACAGAAAGCGUGCCAAAUAUCUUUGAGGAAGAUACAGAGGACUCCCCUGCUGAGUCCUAUGUGAUUCAGCACGAGGUUGAGCAGACUGUUGCUACCAUGGAGGAAGACGUACCACUGCCCGUGGUGACAGAGAGCCCUGCAAAUGUCUUGGAGGAAGAGACAGAGGUUGCCCCUCCUGAAUCCAGUGUGAUUCAGCAUGAGGUUGUGCAGGCUAUCAUGGAGGAAGAUGUGCCACUGCCAGUGUUGACAGAAAGCAUGACAAAUAUCUUUGAGGAAGAUACAGAGGACUCCCCUGCUGAGUCCUAUGUGAUUCAGCACGAGGUUGAGCAGACUGUUGCUACCAUGGAGGAAGACGUACCACUGCCCGUGGUGACAGAGAGCCCUGCAAAUGUCUUGGAGGAAGAGACAGAGGUUGCCCCUCCUGAAUCCAGUGUGAUUCAGCAUGAGGUUGUGCAGGCUAUCAUGGUGAAAGAUGUGCCACUGCCAGUGUUGACAGAAAGCGUGCCAAAUAUCUUUGAGGAAGAUACAGAGGACUCCCAUCCUGAGUCCAUUGUGAUUCAGCACGAGGUUGAGCAGACUGUUGCUACCAUGGAGGAAGACGUGCCACUGCCCGUGGUGACAGAGAGCCCUGCAAAUGUCUUGGAGGAAGAGACAGAGGUUGCCCCUCCUGAAUCCAGUGUGAUUCAGCAAGAGGUUGUGCAGGCUAUAAGGGAGGAAGAUGUGCCACUGCCUGUGUUGACAGAAAGCGUGCCAAAUAUCUUUGAGGAAGAUACAGAGGACUCCCCUGCUGAGUCCUAUGUGAUUCAGCACGAGGUUGAGCAGACUGUUGCUACCAUGGAGGAAGACGUGCCACUGCCCGUGGUGACAGAGAGCCCUGCAAAUGUCUUGGAGGAAGAGACAGAGGUUGCCCCUCCUGAAUCCAGUGUGAUACAGCAUGAGGUUGUGCAGGCUAUCAUGGAGGAAGAUGUGCCACUGCCAGUGUUGACAGAAAGCGUGCCAAAUAUCUUUGAGGAAGAUACAGAGGACUCCCCUGCUGAGUCCUAUGUGAUUCAGCACGAGCUUGAGCAGACUGUUGCUACCAUGGAGGAAGACGUACCACUGCCCGUGGUGACAGAGAGCCCUGCAAAUGUCUUGGAGGAAGAGACAGAGGUUGCCCCUCCUGAAUCCAGUGUGAUUCAGCACGAGGUUGAGCAGACUGUUGCAAUCGUGGAGGAAAACGUGCCACUGCCAGUGCUGAUGGAGAGCACAUUAAACACAUUAAAUGAAACAUAUAGUCAGACCCCUUUGGAAGAGGCAAUUCAAGACUUGCCCACAGAAAACAGAACUGGUGAACCGGCCACUGAAAGCCCUUUGUCACCCAAUAUCCUGGAGGAAGAAGGAGAAGAUAUAAAGGUGGUAAGACAAAAGAAAAGAACCAUUUCAGACACAGAAGAGGAUGAGUUUCACAAGAGAGAGAAUAGUGAAGUGGCCACUGACAGCUCUUGGGAAACAAUUAGUUCAGAUGCAGAAAGGGAAGAUAAAAAGGUGGCUGCUGCCAUGGAGGGGGGAGUGCCUUUGCCAGUGCUGGCAGAGAUCCCUUCUCACAUGAAGAAAGAUCUAGAAGAGGAUGAGUUUCACAAGAGAGAGAAUAGUGAAGUGGCCACUGACAGCUCUUGGGAAACAAUUACCUCGGACGCAGAAAGGGAAGAUAUAAAGGUGGGUGCUGCCAUGGACGGGCGAGUGCCUUUGCCAGUGCUGGCAGAGAUCCCUUCUCACAUGAAGAAAGAUCUAGAAGAGGAUGAGUUUCACAAGAGAGAGAAUAGUGAUGUGGCCACUGACAGCUCUUGGGAAACAAUUACCUCGGACGCAGAAAGGGAAGAUAUAAAGGUGGGUGCUUCCAUGGAGGGGCAAGUGCCUUUGCCAGUGCUGGCAGAGAUCCCUUCUCACAUGAAGAAAGAUGUAGAAGAGGAUGAGUUUCACAAGAGAGAGAACAGUCAAGUGGCCGCUCAAAGCUCGUGGGAAACUAUUAGCUCGGUGGAAGAAAAGGAAGAUAUAAAGGUGCUUGUUGGGAUGCCGUCAAUGAAAAUCCCUCACAAGGGAAUCAUCGAGGAUGGCAGAUCAUGA